AGCAUCAGAACAUAGGAGAUUGGCAUUUGAGAUGACGAUAAAUGUCGAGCAAGACGCAAGCUAUAAUAAAGCAGUGAAAACACUGAUGUCCGACCCACUUCUUCAUACUUGAUUUUGAAGAAAAGUCUAUUAUUUUUAUUAGAUAUAUAAUCAGAUCCCACUAGGCAGCGUAUAUAUGAGCAGUUUCAGCUGUCUUUAGUUAUUUUGUUUAACGGUACUAUAAGAUCUCAGAUAAAAUGAAGUGCCUCAUCCUUCUAGCUGCCCUAUUGGGGGUAUCUUCUGGCGGACUGGUCAAGCGUGCGGCCCAGAAUCAGAAUCCCGGUGUAUGGAGUGCUCUGGACCAGCUCCGCGGGAAGGCCAAACUGGGCAUCGAAGAUAUUCGUGCGCUGUUGAGCAUCGCCAAGGCCGGACAAGAUUAUCCCAACUUGAACGAAAUUCCAGCCGGAAACUUUGACUGCGGAUCGGUUAAAGCUGGAUUCUAUGCCGAUGUCGAGUUUAAAUGCCAGGUCAUUCGUCGAUGUGACGUCAACGGUAAUCAAACUGCAUAUUUGUGCCCUAAUCUUACGGUCUUCAACCAAAUUACUUUGGUUUGUCACUGGUACUGGGAUGUUGAUUGCUCCAAAGCCAAAGAGUUUUAUGAUUACUCCAACAGUCGGCUGUACCAAGGACAAGAUGUUCCCCUGCUGGACAAUGAGGACAGCUAUGUUGUAGCAGAGGCCCUAGGCGCAAUCAGUCCGGAUCAGACGGGGAGUGCUGCGGCGGCCGCCAAACCCGCCAAGAGAAAGAACAAGAAAUCCUAAGCGAGUACGCCGCGGCAACAUAUUGCAUCGUUUCCGGAACCAUUUUUUACGAUCGGCAUUGAUUGCUGAUGGUUAAUGAUAGUUGUGGUCUAUUCUGCCGGUAAACGAUGUUCUACCAUGUUUUUGCAAUUUUUUUCUAUCAUUCUUGCGGCUUGUUUGUUUGCUGACUGAUUGGGAAAAUAAGCUAGCUACCUAAUUACGAGUAUAAUGGUCUUUCACGGCGGGAAGCUAAAUUCUCUACUGACUCUUCGUACCAUGCUUGAAAAGUUUCAUUGUCAGCUUCAUUAUUUAAUCAGCAGUUUUUAUAUGUGACAAAUUCGAAAGGCUACUAGUACUUGAAACCACAUGGCAAUUACUGUGUAAAAAUAAUACUGUGAUAAGUACUGUGUAAA